CCCGCCUCGCCGCCUCCCAGCGCCAGCUGCCGAGGGAGCGCACACGCUGCUGUGCUGCAUUCAGCAGCGCCUCCCCCCAAACCUCCACUCUCCUCGGCGGCGGGCUGGUGUAUUUAUUCUCUCCCUCUCACUAGGCAAGAGCCAUGAAGGGAGGAUGCCUUACCCCCUGGACGAUCGCUGGGCUCCUCUGGCUGGGGCUCCUUUUGGCAGCCGCUGAGAGAGCCGUCUACACGAAUCAUUUUUUGGUGGAGUUGCACCGAGGGGGCGAGCCGGAAGCAAAGCAACUCGCGGCCGAAUAUGGCUUUAGUGGGGUCCGGAAGCUUCCCUUUAUAGAUACUGGGUACCAUUUUUAUCAUAAUGGCAUCUCCAGGGCCAGGAGAAGACGCAGUCUUCAGCACAAGCUUCAUUUGGAAAAAGACCCGAGGAUAAAGAAGGCUGUGCAGCAGGAAGGCUUUGGCAGAAAAAAGCGAGGCUAUAGAGAGAUCAAUGAAAUUGACAUAAACAUGAACGAUCCUUUAUUUACAAAGCAAUGGUAUCUGAUCAACACUGGUCAAGCAGAUGGGACCCCUGGACUUGAUCUAAAUGUGGCUGAAGCCUGGGAGCUGGGAUAUACAGGGAAAGGUGUUACCAUAGGAAUUAUGGAUGAUGGAAUUGAUUAUCUUCAUCCUGAUCUUGCCUCAAAUUAUAAUGCCAAAGCCAGCUACGACUUCAGCAGUAACGAUCCCUACCCAUAUCCCCGCUACACAGAUGACUGGUUUAACAGUCAUGGAACCAGGUGUGCAGGGGAAGUGUCGGCUGCAGCAAACAAUAACAUCUGUGGAGUUGGCGUGGCAUACAACUCAAAGGUGGCAGGUAUCCGAAUGCUGGACCAGCCUUUUAUGACAGAUAUUAUUGAGGCUUCUUCUAUCAGUCACAUGCCGCAAGUCAUAGAUAUAUAUAGUGCCAGCUGGGGGCCAACUGAUAAUGGAAAGACUGUGGAUGGACCUAGAGAACUAACUUUGCAAGCCAUGGCAGAUGGUGUGAACAAGGGCCGUGGCGGCAAGGGAAGCAUCUACGUCUGGGCCUCUGGAGAUGGUGGCAGCUAUGAUGAUUGUAACUGUGACGGCUAUGCAUCAAGCAUGUGGACUAUCUCCAUCAAUUCUGCUAUUAAUGACGGCCGGACAGCUCUGUAUGAUGAAAGCUGCUCUUCGACGUUGGCCUCCACGUUCAGCAAUGGGAGGAAGAGAAAUCCCGAAGCUGGUGUGGCUACUACGGAUUUAUAUGGCAACUGUACCUUACGUCAUUCUGGAACAUCUGCAGCUGCACCAGAGGCAGCUGGCGUGUUUGCAUUGGCACUGGAGGCUAACCUGGAUCUGACGUGGAGAGACAUGCAGCAUCUGACAGUGCUCACCUCCAAAAGGAACCAACUUCAUGACGAAGUCCAUCAAUGGCGUAGAAAUGGUGUUGGUCUGGAAUUUAACCAUUUGUUUGGCUAUGGAGUCCUCGAUGCUGGGGCAAUGGUUAAAAUGGCAAAAGACUGGAAGACUGUUCCAGAGAGAUUCCACUGUGUUGGAGGAUCAAUACAAGAACCUGAAAAAAUACCAUCAAGUGGCAAGUUGGUUCUAACACUUACAACUGAUGCUUGUGAGGGGAAAGAAAACUUUGUCCGCUACCUAGAACAUGUGCAAGCAGUUAUAACCGUGAACUCGACUAGGCGAGGGGACCUCAACAUCAACAUGACAUCACCUAUGGGGACUAAAUCCAUUUUACUGAGCCGACGUCCAAGAGAUGAUGACUCCAAGGUGGGUUUUGACAAAUGGCCUUUCAUGACAACACACACUUGGGGAGAAGACCCCAGAGGCACUUGGGUUCUGGAAGUUGGAUUUGUUGAUAGCGUGCCACAGCGGGGAGUACUGAAGGAAUGGACACUGAUGCUACAUGGGACACAAAGCGCACCAUAUAUAGACCAAAUAGUAAGAGAUUACCAGUCCAAACUGGCUAUGUCCAAGAAGGAAGAGCUGGAAGAAGAAUUAGACGAAGCAGUAGAGAGAAGUCUGAAGAGUAUACUGAGCAAGAACUAGCACUGUUCUGCAUGUUGGUCUCUCUUUCCAUUCUAGAUCAUUCUACUCACCUUUCUACUAUCCAGACCUCUGUGUUAGACACAUUACAAUGUCUCCAUAGCCAAAUUCUCAUACUUUAUUGAUUUUAAAGUCUUAGAUCCUGUCAAUGAUUAUUUUAAUUACAACCGAAGCAAUCUUUUUUUUUACUCUAAGCCACAAAUAUGUUGUUCCCUAUCAACUACUCUGUACAGUUUGUGACUGUAAAUGAUUUUGUGUCAUACAAAUAGGUAAUAACUUGCAAACAAAACCGUGAUGGCUUUUCCCUUCAUAUUUUUGUGGUAAAUGUUGUUUGUAUUUAAAAAUUUAAAAAAGAGGGAGUAAAUUUUAAAACUGGCAGUUAGUGGUAAUGAACCCAUUUGGUCAGCUUUCAUGAUAGAGAUGUUAACAGUAACAAGUUGGCUAGAGAUGCCUUUGAAUGACCAACAGCCUGAUUCUGCGCCAUUGACUUCAAUGGGAGUUUUCCCAUUGGCUUCAGUAAGAAUAGGCAUAGGCCCUAAAAGGAAAAAAUAAUCUAGAGAUGAAGAAUGAUGGUAAUCUCCUCUUGGAAAUUGCCAUUUCCUUUUUACUUACACACACCACAGAACAUUUUUUGACUUAGAGAUGAUUCAUUUGUAUGUAAUAAGUGAGACAAAAUGUCUGAUAAAGGACGUGCAUUAGGAAACAGGGUCCAAAUGUUCUAAAAGCACAAGUAUUUUUUUAAAAUUUGGUAAUUCAGAUCAAUGUAUGCCAAAUCAUCACAUUGGGAAUGAAAUUCAAACUGGAGAGCUACCCUUCUGCGAUGGCAUCUGCUCUCCUUUAUACUGAAAUUAUAGCAGCAUAAGAUAAGGCUGUGUCAGCAUUUCCAUUACAAACCCCUAUAUUCUGGGGUUGGUAAUUUGCUAUAGGAGAAACUUGGCAUAUGAACUUUCAGUCCAAAAGCAAUUUUUAAUUCAAAUUUUCUUAUUUUAAAUGAUAGAGUUUGUCAGUUUUGAAUUGUAUCAGUUUAUUUAAGAAGAAAGGCUGCUUAGAUUGUUUUAUAUGUGCACAAUGCAAAGUUAGUUUUGACUAGCAAUAAAAAAGAAUAAAUUUGUGAAAAAUUAUCCCAUAAAUCAUUGUUGCUGUUUAAAAGACCUAGUCUUCAAACUCUUACACUUAGGAGUGUUUUUAGCAUCUGAUUCAAAAAAGUAAAUUAAACCUCUCAGAGCCUGAUCUAUCUUACUGCCAUUGAUCUCAAUGGAGAUGACACGCAGUGGCAAACACAACACCCAAAAGUGUUUGUAGGACUAGGAGCUCAGUUAGUAAACUCUGAAUAGUAACUACAGGCCCAAUCCUGCAAACGCUUGUAUACUUGCUUAACUUUAAGUACAUGAGUAGUUACUUUGGCUUCAGCAUAACUACUCUAUGUGCAUAAGUGUUUGCAGGACUGGGGCCUAGGAAGUUGGCAGUAAUUAGUUUCAGAAUUUGAUUAUUUUCUAUUUUUAAUAUGCAGAAUAUACAUCUAAAAUGUGUGUUAUCAAGAGCUGCUUGGGUUAAUCAGUUGCAAACUACAAUUAAAAUGAAUACAUAUUUAUCUAAUGAUUAAAAAUGACACCAACAGGUUAUGAAAUGCAUAGUUUUACCCCAGAAUGUAUAUUUCUAUUAUCUCAAGUGAAUAUUCUUCUCUUAUCCUUCCAUAACAGGAUUUUUUUUUCUUUUCCUUUCAAAUCCCAAACAAAUUAUCUACUUAAACUAUGUUUACAUUAUGUAUACUAUAAGCCAAGUUAAGCACCUAAGUGUUCAUAGGAUUUCCAUUGCCUUACACCAUUGUUACUGAGGGGUUACUCCAGUGAAGACAAUGGAGUCACACUUAGGUGUAAGUGGAAGGAGAAACAGGCCGUCAGGCUUUUACUUUUAAAAUACCACCUAAUAGGAGUGACUUUUAAAAUCAUGUUGUUCAUUUGUUCCAAUAGAUGGAAGGCAUCAACUAUAUCUCAUCUGGGGGUCUUAAAAUAAACCAAAGGACACCACGGGCCCACUUCUAACCUCACAUACACACAUGUAGGCAAUGAGCCAAUUCUUAAAGUAGUAGGUGGGUGUCUUUGGAACUGGGAAGACACCCAUUGUCUUCAAUGGGUUUAGAAUUGGGCCUGUGAUUCCCAGUAGUUAAUGGGAGUUGCACGUGCAUAUCAGAGGGAAGAACUUGCCCCUAUUAUGUGUACAUAUGCAUUUGAUAACACACAAACACACAUGAUAUAUAGAACAUACAUAUAGUAUGUAAUAUAUAUGCAAGCAUACAUUGUAUAUAUUACAUAUAAUGAACACAAUAAAUAUAUAUACACAUGCGUCAUGUUUGUGUGUAUGUAUUUACUAAAGAAACAGAUCAUUUAAACAUAUUAAAGAGUAUUCUAAAAUAUGGAAAAAGUUCUUGGAUUAAGAAAAUUGUGGCAAUUUUAAAUGAAAGUGUACGUUAAUUCCUAUUGCAUUCAUGUAAUUUUGCAAUUCUCUGUUUAAACAUUAAAUGUCUUAUAGCAGCAAAAUAACUUAAUGGGUGUUCAUAUUUUCAUAAUAUUGACUUAAAUUAUUAAGUGCAAGAUGACUGUAAGGGGUGAUUAACAGAAAUUAUGAGUUUUGAUAUGCGUAUAUAUAAACCAAGUGUAUAUACAAUAUAUAUAUAUAAUAUAUAUAUAUAGCUAGACUUCAGACUCUUCAGAAUUUUUGCAUCAGAGUAAGCACUGAAAAAUGUCCAGUUAGAAUAAGUUUUUAUGGUAUCGCUGAUGCAACAUAAAUUAAUUUAUUAGCAUUUAUAACAGAGGAACUAAUUCAGUUCUUGAUUUAAAACAGGUGAAUGUUGUUAAAAUAUAAAGCCCUGUGAUGAUGUUUUAUAAUCUGAGUAAAAUAAAGAGAUGUUGUAAACUGG